AUGGAAACCUGGCUAAAAGAACGCGGAGCCACCGGCCUAGACGACUUACACCUCGCCGACUUCCCCAUCACCGGGCGUGGUAUCAAAACACAAAAGCCCUUCAAGCAAGGCGAAAGUAUUCUCACUAUUCCAUCCGCCUGUCUCUGGACAGUUGCACGCGCACAUGCCGACUCUAUCCUCGGGCCGGCACUUCGCUCAAUAACUCCACCGCCAUCUACUGAAGAUACCUUGGCCAUCUAUAUCCUGUUUGUCCGCUCGCGCAAGUCUGGAUACAAUGGCCAGCGAGACCAUGUGGCCGUCCUCCCUGCAAAUUACUCGUCAAGUAUCUUCUUCACCGAGGAGGAGCUGGAAGUCUGCGCCGGGUCGUCACUCUAUACUCUCACAAAGCAGCUGGAACAGCGUAUCCAGGACGACUAUACAAACCUAGUGCGAGUCCUUCACCAGCAUACCCAUAUUAUUCCACCCGAUGAAUUCACAAUACAAGAUUACAAAUGGGCUCUCUGCACCGUAUGGAGUCGCGCCAUGGACUUCGCCCUCCCCAACGGGGAGUCAAUCCGGCUGAUAGCUCCAUACGCCGACAUGUUGAACCACUCCCCCCAAGCCAAGCAGUGUCACGCAUACACCACCUCAUCCGGAGACUUAUCCGUCCUCGCGGGAAAGGACUACGAUCCCGGGGACCAGGUCUUCAUCAACUAUGGCACCAUCCCAAAUAAUCGCCUCCUACGCCUCUACGGCUUCAUCAUACCGGACAACCCCAACAACAGCUACGAUCUCAUCCUCACAACACACCCCAUGGCCCCCUUUUUCGAGCAAAAGCAGCAGCUCUGGGCAUCUGCUAACCUUGAUUCAACAUCCACCAUCACACUAACUCUCACCGAUCCGCUACCAACAGCCGUCCUUCAAUACCUCCGUAUUCAGCGCCUAGACGCCUCAGACCUAGUCACGUCGCUCCAAACCACUAACAAGGGGGACACCAAAAUCAGCGACUCCAACGAAGCAGAGGUCCUCCAAUUUCUAGUAGAUUCAAUAACCAGCCUCCUAAACAGCUUCGCAACUCCACUAGACAUGCUGGAGGAACAACUCGCGAAAGGCUUCUAUCCUCCAGGUGGGAACGCAUGGGCCGCAGCACACGUCAGCAUGGGCGAGCAGCGUGUCCUAAGAAUGACACUGAAGAAAGUGCAAGACUUGUUAGCGGCUUUGGAGGGCGGCGAUUCGAAUAGUCAGGGUUUAGCACACCGGUGCGCAAAGUGCGGAAAUACUUCUGCGCAGCUCAUGGCGUGCGGGAGGUGUAAAUCAGUGAGAUAUUGUGGGCGGAGCUGUCAAGUUGCUCAUUAUAAAGAGCAUAAGGCGAUGUGUCAAGCUAUAGCUAAGAAGGGCUCUUAA